GUGUGAAAUGGUACAACCACUAUGGAAAACAAUAUGGCACCUCCUUAAAAAGCUAAAGAUGGAAACACCAUAUGAUCUAGCAAUCCCACCUCUAGGAAUAUAUCCUAGAGAAAUAAAAACCACUACAUGAAUAGACAUAUGCAUACUCAUGUUCAUUGCAGCAUUAUUCACUAUAGCAAAAAAUGGAAACAACCUAAGUGCCCAUCAGCAGAUGAAUGGAUAAAGAAAUUAUGGGACAUACACACAAUGGAAUACUAUGCAACGAUAGAGAACAAUGAUGAAUCUGGAGGGGAUUAUGCUGCAUGAAGUUGAAAGAAUUGUUGAUAAAAGGAAAAACAAGAAGGGGAAGACCGAGUACCUGGUGCGGUGGAAAGGCUAUGACAGUGAGGACGACACAUGGGAACCAGAGCAGCAUCUUGUGAACUGCGAGGAAUACAUCCACGACUUCAACAGACGCCACACGGAGAAGCAGAAAGAAAGCAUAUUAACCAGGACAAAUAGGACCUCUCCAAACAAUGCCAGGAAGCAGAUUUCCAGGUCCACCAACAGCAGCUUUUCUAAGACCUCUCCUAAAUCGCUCGUGAUUGGCAAAGACCACGAGUCAAAAAACAGCCAGUUAUUUGCUGCCAGCCAGAAGUUCAGGAAAAACCCGGCCCCAUCUCUCUCUAACCGGAAGAACAUGGACCUAGCAAAAUCAGGAAUAAAGAUACUUGUGCCUAAGAGCCCCAUUAAGAGCAGGACAGCAGUGGAUGGCUUUCAGAAUGAGAGCCCUGAGAAACUGGAUCCCAUAGAGCAGGGUCAGGAGGACACGGUGACCCCAGAAGUGGCUGCGGAGAAGCCGGUCGGAGCUCUGUUGGGCCCUGGUGCAGAGAGAGCUAGAAUGGGGAGCCGGCCUCGGAUACACCCACUAGUGCCUCAGCCUUCUGGCCCCGUGACAGCUGCUAUGGCCACGGGACUCGCCGUUAACGGGAAAGGUACAUCUCCAUUUAUGGAUGCAUUAACAGCCAAUGGAACAACCAACAUACAGACAUCUGUUACAGGAGUGACAGCCGGGAAAAGGAAAUUUAUUGACGACAGAAGAGACCAGCCUUUUGACAAGCGGUUGCGUUUCAGUGUGAGGCAAACAGAAAGUGCCUACAGAUACAGAGAUAUUGUCGUCAGGAAGCAGGAUGGUUUCACCCACAUCUUGUUGUCAACAAAAUCAUCAGAGAAUAAUUCACUAAAUCCAGAGGUGAUGAAGGAGGUCCAGAGUGCGCUGAACACAGCUGCUGCUGAUGACAGCAAACUGGUGCUGCUUAGCGCCGUGGGCAGCGUCUUCUGCUGCGGUCUCGACUUUAUUUAUUUUAUACGGCGCUUAACAGACGACAGGAAAAGAGAAAGCACUAAGAUGGCAGAAGCUAUCAGAAACUUUGUGAAUACUUUUAUACAGUUUAAGAAGCCUAUUAUUGUAGCAGUAAAUGGCCCUGCCAUUGGACUGGGAGCAUCUAUACUGCCUCUGUGUGAUGUGGUCUGGGCGAACGAGAAAGCCUGGUUUCAGACACCCUACACCACCUUCGGACAGAGUCCAGAUGGCUGUUCCACUGUUAUGUUUCCCAAGAUUAUGGGAGGAGCGUCUGCAAAUGAAAUGUUGCUCAGUGGACGGAAGCUGACCGCACAGGAGGCAUGUGGCAAAGGACUGGUCUCCCAAGUGUUUUGGCCAGGGACGUUCACACAGGAAGUGAUGGUUCGAAUUAAGGAACUUGCCUCUUGUAAUCCAGUUGUGCUUGAGGAGUCCAAAGCUCUCGUGCGCUGUAACAUGAAGAUGGAGCUAGAGCAGGCGAAUGAGAGGGAGUGUGAAGUGCUGAAGAAAAUCUGGGGCUCGGCCCAAGGGAUGGACUCCAUGUUGAAAUACCUGCAGAGGAAGAUCGAUGAGUUCUGACUGUCAGAGUGCAACUGAACGACACUG